AUGGCUGAUCUUACUUCUAUCAACCCACAAAAUAGUCUGAACUCAUCACCUUUUCAGACUUCUGAAAAUUUCAAAGAUGAGAAAAAUGAGAACCGGGCAGCUUACCUAGCUCCAGAAAGAUUUAGAAGCUGCUGGUUAGGGGGCUGGGCAUAUAUUGUUCCGGAUGAGCGCUUACCUGUGCUGAAACAUGAUCCUAAGUGUCUCAGAGAGACAAGCUUUCUUACAGAAUCUGCAGAUAUUGUUCCAGAUGAGAGCUCAUGUGUGCUGAAACAUGAUCCCAAGUGCGCCAUUAGUUCUCAACUAAGUAUGCCUUGUGAAGUUUCACACAACAAACCUGAUGAUGAUGUAUUGCAUUCUCAAGAUGUGGUCAGAUGUUCUAAUCUAUCAUUAAUUGAUCCUCUCUGUUCAGUUGUUCCAUGUAGCAUUGCUUCAGAACAUGAGUAUUACAAAGCUCUUAUUGACAGAGAAAAUGACAUGGAGUAUUUUUCCCCGUUGGUCUCUGACUUUGAGGCCGACAAAUGUCAAAGGAAUACUACAUUGGAUUGUAGAGAUGAGAAAAUCACGUCUAUAAUAGAUGGGUAA